UAUAUAUAAAGAGUAAAGAAAAAUCUACAGAUUUAUGAAAAACUGCAAUUAGCUCAAUCUGAUAAAAAAAAAGAGAGAAAAAAAGAAAUCAUUUUGUAGUAAAGUUUGAUUGGAUUGUAUUUAUAUAUAAAAAGUAAAGAAAAAUCUACAGAUUACCCCUAGAAAAUAUUUGAAGAAUGCAGAGCAUUGUUUGUUUGUAACAUUUUUCUGAUAAAAACAUUUGUAUUGCAAAUGAGUAACAAACUAAACUGAUCAACAACACUAACAGAUUAUUAUUAGAUUGAAUUCCGGAGGGAAAGAAGAAAGAAAGACACGGUUCGGUUGGGUUUACUGAAACUGACACCCAACAAUCUUGAGAGGGUUUAGGUUAUGGUCCAUAGUUGUAUCAUUUUCAACAAAACUUAUGAAACAUGAUACAAUGCUACUAGUAGGAAAGAGCUUUUCGGAACAAUGAUAAUCAGUCCCUUGUUGAGAAUCUUACUCAGGUUUUUUCACUCUCUUAAUCUUCCUUAUUCUCUAACACUUUUUAUAUGUUUUCUCUGUUUUUGUCUGUGCAAAACUUUAUUUUACCGAACUCAUUUUUCAUUCAUUUUUGCUUUCUUUCUUACAAUCAUGUUUACCGGCGCUAAGCAUGUUUCCUAUACUUCUAGUUCUUAUACUCAUCUAUACUUCUAGUUCUUAUACUCAUCUUCUAGUGUUAAACUUAGUUACCUUACUAGUUACAUACUUCUAGUUUCGUAGACUAAUCUUACUAACUAACUAACUCUUAACAUGAAUAUUCACUUGUAACUACUAGUUACAUAACCAACUUCCUUGUUGACCUUGAUUUUGACUUCUCUUCUUUGGUUCGGUUUAACCUUAACCGGUUCGCUUGCUUUAUUUAAUUUCACCGAGUUUAAACGAUUCAUGUUUUUUGUUCGGUUAAAUCUUAAAUCGGUUCGCUUGGUUUAUAGGAAUAGACUAUUAAUUUGGUUUACGCGAUUGUCACCAAUUUGGUUCGGUUUAACGUUAGCCGGUUCGCUUUCCGUAUUUAAUUUCAUUAAUGUGCUUAACCGAUUCAAGGUUUUAGUUCGGUUGAAUAUUUUUAACUGUUUUAACGGUUAUAAAAGAACGAACCACAGAUUGUUAGUUGCUUCCAAGAACCUCUGAAACGACUCGAAUCUUUCAGAGAGCGCCCAUGGAUUCUCCAAAGCGUUCUUGGUCGUUGUCGACGCUGCCACCGGAGUUAAUAGAAGAACUACUCUACAGGGCUCCGCCUGAAUCUCUGAUCCGAGCAAAACCGACGUGCAAGCAAUGGUACUCGCUCAUCACCAGCAAGAGAUUCAUCUACAAUCACCUCGACCGCUCCCGCAAAAGAUUCAUAAGAACCGUUGGUACGGUGCAAAUCUUGGAUCCGGUGACAAGAACACGCUCAGAGACACCACUCCCAAAAGAGUUCCAACGUCCAUAUGGUGUAAGAACGAUGGUUCACUGCGAUGGGCUCUUGCUGUGUAUGUGUGGUUACUUUAAUUACAGAAACACCAACCUCGCGAUUUGGAAUCCCGUUUUGAAGAAAAUCACAUGGAUCAAACCCUCGACGUGUUUCACAACAUCUGAUUACUACGGGAUUGGAUACGACAUCAAGAAGCCUCGUUAUGAGUACAAGAUCCUGAGGUUUACUGAUCACCUCUAUGAUCAUAAUGUUACGUAUGAUGAAGAUGGACCGGAGGUUGAGGUAUACGAGUGCAAGACAAGCUCCUGGAGAACUCUUGACACCGAGGUUGAUUGGCAAGUAGACCUCUCGUGCAAAGGUGCGGCUGUGAUGGGGAACAUGUACUGGGUUGCUAGUAAACAUGAUGAACAAUAUAUUCUAGGUUUCGACUUCUCCGUUGAGAGAUUCAAGGACGUAUGCUUUUGUCCUCCUCCCGCUUUCAAUAACUAUCUAGCUUGUUACAAUGGAGAUAGGUUGUCUUUGCUACAGCAAGAUGAAGAAGAACCAUGGGAUAUUGUGGUGUGGGUUACAAACAAGUUGGCUGAUGUGGAUGUCUCGUUCACCAAGUAUUUCAGUGUGUCCCGACCAGAUGUUCCGGCGUUACUGGACCAUACAGAUAUGGCUAAUCCGGUAUACUUCAUUGGCAAGCAGAAGCGUAUCAUAGCAUGGUGCGAGCGAGAGGUAUUUGGAGGUGAUGAUGAGAUUCCUCCUACUUGCAUCAUUUUCAAUGAAAUCGAUGAGGGUGGGGUAAGAACACAACUUGAGACAGAACGUCACUGCGGGUAUGGCUAUUUUGGGACUUUCUUUUGUGGCUACGUGUACGUUUCAAGUCUGGUCCCUCUUCCUGUGUAAGAGGUGGACAAGAGAGAGAGAGAGAGAGGGUUUUGUUUCAUGUUCUAAGUUUAGUUUUAGUUUUUGUUUGUUGAUCUUAUGCACUAUAAAAAUGUUACUGUAAUCGACAUUGGCUUUUGUUUUAUGACAUUCUUGAGAGGAUUUUAGGUUAUGGUCUAUAUAGUUGUAUCAUUUUCAACAACACAAAUGAAAUCAUUUGGAAAGUGGUCAUAUGUGGUUGGACCAUAAUAAUUAAUGCUCCACAACGUCAUCUAUUCUAUACUAAAAGCACGAUAUAGAGUGAUUUCACAGUGUCCACGUCGACAAAUUUAUUCGGCCAAUCAAAACAUUUCAAUAAUACACGUAUGACCUCCUAAACUGUUGCUUUUGUAUGGGCUUCAAUGUGGUUUUACUGGGCUUCGUCGGUUUCAAACUACCGGUACAAUUAGAAAAAAAAAACCUGAGACGGAUAACACGAUGCUCUCUCCUCUAUCGCUUCGUCUUCACCGUUUUCUCUCCAUCCUUUCAGUUCUCUCGAUCCUCAUAUUAUAAAUAUUCGGCUUUAAGGAAACGGAGAAGGAAAGAAGGAGACCAUAUGGAAAGACAUGCAUUUGAAGAUCUUCACAACCACAUCAAGAGCUCGGCGGUGAUCGUGACGGAGCCCGAUUUCAACGCCAAGAUCUGCCACUUCGGCACCGGGCAGCUCUGUGGGGAAACAGACGGAUCGAGAGAUUCCAAAGCCGUUUGAUUCGAAGGAGUGAUAGGAUACAUGUCGCCGGAUUUUCAGGCUUUGGGGUUGCGACUCAGGAAUCAGACGUGUUCGCCUUCGGAGUCAUGAUGCUUGAGCUUCUCUCCGGCGAGGAGUCGUUGAAGUAUAGGUAUGAGAAAUCGACCGGGGAUUUUGAACGGACUUUGGUGAUUGAAAUCGCGAAAGCGGUGGUUGACGGCGGAGAUGGUGGUGACGUAGGGGGCGGUUGAGGAGGUGGAUGGAUCGGAGGUUGGGGGAUUCGUUUCCGGUGACGGUGGAGGAGAAGUUAAUGCGGUUGGCGUUGGAGUGCGUCGAGGAUGAGGCGGUGAACCGGCCGGAGAUGGGAAGAGUCACCGGAAAGAUAUCGCAAUUGUAUUUGGAAUCGGAGAAAUGGUUGGCGAAUAUGAAGACUUCCUUUCCAGGUUUCAGAAGUCUCAUUUCUUUGUUAGGAUCGCAGAGUCUGGUGAGCCGCUUUGGUCAAAGAAACCUCUGUGUUGGGAGAUACAAAGCUAGAGGAAAAGCGGGAAAAAGAGACCUUGUGUUAGUGCUUUUUUAGAUAGAGGAGAGUUUGAUCUUAAUGUUGCUGGAGGUGUAGCAAGAAGUAAGGCAAAAUGUUGUGCCUUACCCAAUGGAGACACAUGAUGGUAAUUCUUAUAAGUUGUUGUUUUAACCUACUGAUUCUCACACAAUGCCUUUAUUUGGAAGGGUGAAGGUCUCUUUACAAGUUUAUAUCGCUGACUGUCCCAAUGAACCAAUCAUUGAGAUACUGCAGUUUGAGAAGCAUCAAGACAUGGACCAACUUUCUGAUCAUGAACACAAGGAUCCAUAUGGGAACCUUUUGAAGUGGUUGAUACCGUUGGAUAACACUAUUUCUCAGCAACCCCGUUACCUCCUAUAAGCUCUACCCCAGAUAUCAGCAGCAGUGCACACAAGCCAUUACUCUCUUCUGGCUCAGGAUCUCAGCUCUUCUCAUUCGUCCAUUUUAGAAGCUACUCCAUGUUAGCUCUGCCGGCGCCGUGUUUAUAGUUUCUGUACGUAUGUGUUUGUGGAAGCUUAAGCGUUUUGGUUUCAUGUCUUACAGCAGUGCACACAAGCCAUUACUCUCUUCUGGCUCAGGAUCUCAGCUCUUCUCAUUCGUCCAUUUUAGAAGCUACUCCAUGUUAGCUCUGCCGGCGCCGAACACUGCACCAGUUACUGGACCGUAAAAACUGAAAGCUCCAAACCAUCAUUUGACCUUGAAGACUGGAACUGUUACUCAGGUCAAACAUUAUGGAACGGUCACAAGUCUGGGACUGAAGAGCGCUUAUCUUUCCGGGGUGUCCCUUUGGAGCGGGAUAAAUUCUCUGUUCGUUGUGGACGUGAAGGCAUAUGCAUUCCUGGUAAGAAGAUGGAGGAAGAAACUCGAAAUCAUUCAACCUAUUGAUAUCAAUUCUUUUACAGCUGAUUGUAAUACAGAUAAACAUUUAAUAUAAAUAGUUUUAAAUUUUUAUAAUAAAUUCUAAUGUAUAUAUGUAACAUAGUCAUAUUUAAUAUAAUAUGGGUAUAUUUUGUUAACU